AUGAAUGAGACGGAUCCCAAGAGCAUCAUCAAGAGCAUCUGUGACCUAAUGACGGAGCACUGGCUCCAGGGCGUGGUGUUCGGAGAUGACACUGACCAGGAGGCCAUCGCUCAGAUCCUGGACUUCAUCUCCGCCCAGACCCACAUUCCCAUCCUAGGCAUCCACGGAGGAUCCUCCAUGAUCAUGGCGGCCAAGGAUGACAACUCCAUGUUUUUCCAGUUUGGUCCCUCUAUUGAGCAGCAGGCAUCAGUAAUGCUGAACAUCAUGGAGGAAUACGACUGGUACAUCUUCUCCAUCGUCACUACCUACUACCCUGGAUAUCAGGACUUCAUCACCAAGAUCCGCAGCACCAUAGAAAACAGUUUCGUAGGCUGGGAGUUAGAGGAGGUGUUACUGUUGGACAUGUCCGUGGACGACGGGGACUCCAAGAUCCAGAACCAGCUGAAGAAGCUUCAGAGUCCCGUCAUCCUGCUCUACUGCACUAAAGAGGAGGCCAACAUCAUCUUCGAGGUCGCCCACUCCGUCGGCCUCACUGGCUACGGAUACACCUGGAUCGUUCCUUCCUUGGUGGCCGGAGACACCGACAACGUUCCCGCCGAAUUCCCCACGGGUCUUAUCUCCGUGUCCUACGAUGAGUGGGAUUAUGGGUUGGAGGCUCGUGUGCGGGACGGUGUGGCCAUCAUCGCCAUGGCGACCUCCACCAUGAUGAUGGACCGUGGACCUCACACCCUCCUGAAAUCAGAAUGCCAUGGGGCGCCCGACAAAAAGGGUCCAAUCGUCGGCAACCCCAACGAAAUGCUCAGGUACCUGAUGAAUGUGACCUUUGAGGGCCGUAAUCUGUCGUUCAGUGAGGACGGAUAUCAGAUGCACCCAAAACUCGUUAUUAUCCUACUGGAUAAGGAGAGGCAGUGGACCAGAGUGGGAAAAUGGGAGAACGGUUCUCUGACGAUGAAGUACCAUGUGUGGCCUCGUUUUGAGCUAUAUUCUGGAUUGGAGAACCGUGAAGAUGACCACCUGUCCAUUGUAACAUUAGAAGAAGCUCCAUUUGUUAUCGUGGAAGAUGUCGAUCCACUUAGCGGCACCUGCAUGCGAAAUACAGUACCCUGCCGCAAACAGCUCAAAGUCGUAAAUCAAACAGGAGAAUCAGGGAUCUAUAUAAAGCGCUGCUGUAAGGGAUUCUGUAUCGACAUCCUCAAGAAGAUCGCCAAGUCUGUCAAGUUCACCUACGACCUUUACCUGGUGACGAACGGCAAACACGGCAAGAAAAUCAACGGCACGUGGAACGGCAUGGUGGGGGAGGUGGUCUCAAAAAAUGCUCAUAUGGCUGUGGGCUCCCUCACCAUAAACGAGGAAAGGUCAGAGGUCAUCGACUUUUCCGUGCCCUUCAUUGAGACGGGCAUCAGCGUCAUGGUUUCCCGUAGCAACGGCACCGUGUCACCCUCUGCCUUUCUUGAGCCUUUCAGUGCUGAUGUAUGGGUGAUGAUGUUUGUGAUGCUGCUCCUGGUGUCAGCCAUUGCUGUGUUUGUGUUUGAGUACUUCAGCCCUGUGGGGUACAACCGCUGCCUCGCCGAUGGGAGAGAGCCUGGGGGGCCGUCUUUCACGAUUGGAAAAGCGAUCUGGCUUCUGUGGGGUCUGGUCUUCAAUAACUCUGUGCCUGUUCAGAACCCCAAAGGCACCACCAGUAAGAUCAUGGUAUCCGUCUGGGCCUUCUUCGCUGUCAUCUUCCUGGCCAGUUACACUGCUAACCUGGCUGCUUUUAUGAUCCAGGAAGAGUACGUGGACCAGGUCUCUGGUCUGAGCGACAGAAAGUUCCAAAAGCCGAACGAUUUUUCUCCGCCGUUCCGUUUCGGGACGGUCCCGAACGGGAGCACAGAGAGAAACAUCCGGAACAACUACAAGGAGAUGCACUCCUACAUGGUGAAGUUCCACCAGAGGAACGUGGAUGAAGCGCUCCAAAGCCUAAAAACUGGUAAACUGGAUGCGUUUAUCUAUGAUGCGGCAGUGUUGAACUACAUGGCAGGCAGGGAUGAAGGCUGUAAGCUGGUGACCAUCGGCAGUGGGAAGGUGUUUGCUUCCACGGGCUAUGGCAUAGCCAUUCAGAAAGACUCUGGGUGGAAGAGACAUGUAGACUUGGCCAUUCUGCAGCUCUUUGGAGACGGUGAAAUGGAAGAGCUGGAGGCCCUGUGGCUGACAGGUAUCUGCCACCAUGAGAAGAACGAGGUGAUGAGCAGCCAGCUGGACGUGGACAACAUGGCCGGCGUCUUCUACAUGCUGGGAGCCGCCAUGGCUCUGUCGCUCAUCACCUUCAUAGCCGAACACCUGUUCUACUGGCAACUGCGUUUCUGCUUCAUGGGCGUGUGCUCCGGCAAGCCUGGCCUCACCUUCACCAUCAGCAGGGAGAUCUACAGCUGCAUCCAUGGUGUUGAGAUUGAGGAGAAAAGCUCUGCCCUCAACUCACCCUCGGGAACGAUGAACAACACACACUCCAACAUCAUGCGACUGUUGCGAACUGCCAAGAACAUGGCGUCCCUUUCUGGGGUGAACGGCUCCCCACACAGUGCACUGGACUUCAUACGCCGUGAGUCGUCCGUCUAUGACAUCAGCGAGCACCGGCGCAGCCUGGCUGGCCACUCAGACUGCAAGCCAGGCUACAUGCCGGAGGACAACAUGUUCAGCGACUACAUCAACGAGGUGGAGAGGACCUUCGGCAACCUGCACCUGAAGGAUAGCAACCUGUAUCAGGACCAUUACCUUCACCACCACCCAAGUUCUGGCUCUGGACUGGCAUUGGGGCUGACAGGACCUCCACCCAAUAGGCCUCACAGCCUGGGCAGCGCCAGUUCCCUUGAAGGGGGCAUGUUUGACUGUGAUAGUUUGAGCGGUGGCGUGGCCCCUAUUUUCACCACCCAACCCCGCUCAGCCCUGACCCACAGAAACAUGAGCAAAUUUGACCUGCUUCAGAGUCAGACACCACCCUCAGGACAGGGCUUUAAGCAGGGCCUGGCCGAUCUUUACGGGAAGUUCUCUUUCAAAGGUGGCGCUUCCAGCUCAGGCUACAUCGCAGGACAUGACCGGUACUGCGGAGGAGGGGAUGAUGGGAACAUCCGGUCCGAUGUUUCGGACAUCUCCACUCACACUGUCACCUAUGGCAACCUGGAGGGCAAUGCCAAGAAGCGCAAGCAGUACCGGGAUAGCCUGAAGAAGCGUCCUGCUUCGGCCAAGUCCCGGCGAGAGCUGGACGAGAUUGAGCUUGGUUACCGACGCCGACAGCACCAUGGCGGCCACCACCAUUAUCAUGGACACCGCUCAGUUUCACCGCCGCUGCUGCCCUCUGAACGCAAGAGGUUAGGUAACUCUUCUUCGUACCUUUUCCAAGACAAAGAGAGCCUUAGGGAUUUCUAUUUGGACCAGUUCCGCCCCAAGGAAGGGGUACCACAGUGGGAACAUGUGGAUUUGACAGACGGCCCUACCGGAGGAGGUGGGAGUGGUGGUGGGGGAGGCAACUGCACCAGUCUGGUUGCAGUAGAUGACUUUCUGAAAAGCAAACCCAAGAAAUCAGAGUGUAAGAGUGGAGGAGGGGGCUCAUCAAGUGCAGGGGGUGAUUGGGAGUGUCGGAACUGUCGUGCCAGUAGUGCAGGGAGCAAGCAGAUGGCAUUACAUGGGAGUGGAGGGGGUGGUGGAGGAGGUUACUCAGGUGGCGGUACUAGCUGUGUAGCGUCCGGAGCAGGGGUUGACGGCAGGAGCAGUCGUCCCAGUUCGGCCACCUGCAUGCGCUGCGAGGCUUGCAAAAAGUCCGGAAACCUCUAUGACAUCAGUGAGGAUAACAACCACCUGUUGGAACAGAUGGGGGGUGGUAAAGGUGGGUUAGCACAGUCCCAAACACAGGCCCAAAGGCGGAGGUCAGGCUUCAGUGGAAAGCCCUUACGACGGCAGCACUCGUACGAUACUUUUGUGGACUUGCAAAAGGAGGAGGCUGGUGGGAUGGGAGGAAUGGGUCUCGGUGGAGGAGGUGGAGGCAUGGGUGGAGGAAUGGGCGCCAUGCUGCCUCCACCCAGGAGCAUCAGUUUGAAGGAAAAAGAGCGCUACAUGGAGGGCGUCAGCCCUUUUGCCCAUAUUUUUGAGAGGCAUGGGGGUUCGGAGCGAGACCGGGAUCGCGACCCACUGUUUUAUGGUGGGGACAGGUCAAAGGGAGCAGGGUCACCUUUUGGCUUAUUCCGGGGGGGCGAAGGUGGCCUGCACCGGCGAUCAAUUGGUGAAAGAGACCUACGGGACAGAGAUAGGGGUUUGCUAGAGGGAGGGGCUUACUCCCUGUCGAAAUCUCUCUAUCCCGACCGGGUGAACCAGAACCCAUUUAUCCCUACCUUUGGCGAUGACCAGUGUCUCCUGCACAGCGCCAAAUCGUACUACAUGAAAAAGCAACAGCAGCAGCAGCCCGCUGGGGUCAUGUCCAACAUGGCUCCCAGGUUCCCCAAAGAGCUUUGUCUGGGUGGACUUGGGAACCACCAUGGAGGACUGGGCAUUGGCCAACAGCAGCGUCCCUUCAACGGCAGCAAUGGUCAUGUGUAUGAGAAGCUCUCCAGCAUUGAGUCAGAUGUGUGA